CUUUUGAAUUGACAGUUGUAUCACAGGUUGUAUGCUAAACUUCAUGUGACAGCUGUCACUGAUUCGUUUGUUUACUAUUUUGUUUUGUGAUUAGUAUGAUGUAUUAACAAUUUAACUUAUCAAAAAUAUAGCCUUAUCACCGUAUUUUUUUGUAAGAUGGGGCACACUGCUACCUUAUUUAUUUUGAGUUUAAUGGUCCUAUUUGAAAUAGGGCUAGCUGUGAGGUGCUAUCAGUGUGGAUCAAGCGAAGAUGGCCCUAAUGAGGAUAACUGCGGGGCGUACAGAAAAUUUGACAGAGAAAGCCACAUAGCAGUUGACUGUAGUAGUGAGGAGAGUCAUAUGCCUGGAUCAUUCUGUAUGAAAGUUACCAUGCAGAGCCCUAGAGGAUUUAUUUGGGAUGGCAGGUGGCGACAAGUAAUAAGAAGAUGUGCCUCUAUUGCUGAAAAUGGAGUGACAGGAGUGUGCAACUGGGGAGUGUAUGAAAAUGGCAUUUAUUGGGAAGAAUGCUACUGCUCUGAAGAUGAAUGUAAUAGUGCCAGUAUUGUCAGUUUAUCAAAAGCUAUUCUAGUAACUGUGCUCUCUAUAUAUGUCAUGAGACUCAUUUUAUAGUUGUAAUGUGAAUUCAAUUAUUAUUUAGUACACACGAAUAAUUUUUGAGGAAUCGAUAAGAAAUGGUUUUGCUGCAAUGUUUCAUGCAGGUCUUGGAGAUCCCCAGUUAUGUUGGUUAGAACAUUCGAAUGCAAAAAUAAAAAAAUGACUGUGAGUUCUUUUAAAACAGUUUGUUUAUCGAACACAUACCUUAUUCAAGCUUUAUAUGCAGGUAUGUUUUUUCAUUGUAUAUUUAAAGCUAUAAUUUGUAUGAUUGUAUUUUAUGUAAGUAUGAAUCUCAUUGUAUUCCGUCCAAAAGCAUUGUUAUACUAGAAUUUUAUAUUUUUUUAUAAAUCUGAUUUAUAUACAUUUGUACAAAUAUAAAGUAUAUACACAAUA